UCUCUCUCCCGCUAGAGGUGAAGGCAGUGGCGGGGGAGGAGGAGGCACCUGAGGGAAAACCUGAGGAAACACCUGGUGGGAGGGCGAAGGUGUUCAGGCUGCAGGAAGAGGUGUGGGCUCCUCCAAACAACACCACCUUCCCCAGAUACAAUUUUUCCUCGAACUCCAACAGAACACUGCCGGUCUUCACCAUCUGGUACAGGAUGAGGCACGUGUUUUGGAAGGGAGUAUAAAGAUGAGGAACGGGGCCAGACCAAGCCACUCAGCUCCUUCAGUGCGAUCCUUCCUGACAGCAAGCAGCCUCCGAUCUCGGUCUUUAGGCCACGAUGCUGUCCCCGUGUGUGGCGCUGAUUAUCUUUGCAACGGCUGUGGGUGGUCAGUGGUCCAUUCCUCUGCGCCACAACCUUCUUCCGGCCCUGUCUCCCUCGCACUUGAAGCUUUCCUCAUUCAGGCCUUUAUAUGAAGCUAAGCCUAAACGCACGUCAUCCACUGGCGCUGGAGCAGUGGUGUGGCUGGCCAACUGCUCUCCACGCCAAGCCUUCGUCAGCAGGAAGCAGGAUGCUCAGCUGCAGUGCGAGGCUGUGGUUCCUGUUGGCACUGAGGUCACCUGGUACAAGAAUUAUCUGCCUCUGUUGCGUCCGGGAGAGGAGCAAGAAAACCCGAGGACACAGCAGAUACAGCAGGAAGUGUACGAGGAGAUAACCAAUGAGGUCAGUCUUCCCCUGGCGGCUCCUGCUCCCGUGGCCCCCUCAGGCUCCUCCUCCGGCACCCGCCUCCGCGUCUCCCCCGUGGUGUUCAUCGACUGCGCUGCCGAGAAGGAUGAGGGUGAAUACAGUUUGGAAAUGAGAACACCUUCAAAUAACGUGUACUUCAGAAACUUUACCGUCCGUCUCUUAGGCAUGAGGGAGGAGGGAAGCACGUGCAACAUGCAGACCAGCCAGUUGGAGAGUCUCCCUCGCAUCUACUACCACUCCUCCUGGGUCUGGGCCGUGGCGGGCGACUCUCUUACUCUGCCCUGCCGCGCCCAGGGCAGAAAUCUGAUGCACACUUGGUACGUGGACAACACCUACGUGGGAAACACAAACCCCAACUACCAGGUGUUGGCCAACGGUGACUUGAUCAUCAGGACUGUGGGAAUGCACUCACCCACAAACAGCAGAUGCCAAGUGUCCAGCAGUGACGGGCCUGGUUCCAUGGACGCCGUCACCACCACCAUCAGGAUUCGCUCCCCGUAGUUCUAAACACUACCUGGAUGCCCGGCCACUCAGAGAACCACGCAGACGACCACAUUUCAAGACAAUUUCGAGGCACAACAACAACUUUCUCAGUGUGCUGGUGCAAUUUUUACUUAUCUACCAUUAACUCGUGCCGUUACCUAGAACAGUAUCUAUUAUAUUAUACAGAUGAGAUUCACUGUAAUAUUUGGCAAUGUUCUUGGUGCACCCAAAAGAAGUGCAGUGAUGAAUAAAUGAAGCAGCAUCUACGUA